AUGUCCAAAAAAUUAAAGGAUCCAGGGAGUUUUACUCUUCCUUGUCUCAUUGGUAGAUUGAUAGUUGAUAGGGCUUUAGCUGAUUUAGGUGCUAGCAUUAAUUUGAUGCCAUAUUAUGUUUUUAAGAAAUUAGGUUUGGGAGAAUCUAGGCCAACUAGAAUGAGUAUUCAACUAGCUGAUAGGCCAAUUAAAUAUCCUAGGGGUAUCAUUGAGGAUGUGCUUGUGAAAGUGGACAAAUUUAUUUUUCAUGUUGAUUUUGUGAUUCUUGAUAUGGAUGAGGACACUGAAGUCUCCUUAAUCUUAGGUCAUCCAUUUUUAGCUACUGCAAAAGCCAUAAUUGAUGUGAGUGAUGGGAAGUUAAUUUUGAGAGUUGGAGAUGAAAAAGUUACUUUCAAAAUUUCUGAAGUAAUGAAAAAGUCCUUAAAACAAGAUGAUUCUUGUUUCUUCCUUAAUGUAAUUGAUGACUUUGUUUCUGACUGUGCACAGGAGUUCUUGAUGUCAGAUCCAUUGGAAAGAAGCUUAGUGUAUGAAGAAGGAACAUAUGAUAUGGAGCUGCUAACUCAAGAACAAUUGUGUCAUCUAGAAGCCACUAAGCCAUUAUUGAGAAAGAGGAACUUUGAAGUUCUGGAACAGAAUUUAGAGAAGCAGCCCAGCCCAUCCACUGAUAAAUCACCAGAUGUAAAAUUGAAAGUUCUACCUGAACAUCUGAAGUAUGCUUUCUUGGAAGAUGGUUGCAAGUUACCUGUCAUCAUUGCUUCAAAGCUAACACAAGAACAAAAAGGCCAGCAACUGAAUGUAGUUCGGGAACACAAGAAAGCAAUAGCCUGGAAGAUCUCUGACAUAAGGGGGAUUAAUCUUUCCUUUUGCACUCACAAGAUCUUGAUGGAGUCUGAUAUUAAAGCUAUCGUGCAACCAUAA